AUGUAUAUAUUUUAUUGUGUUUAUUUUAAAAUGGUAGGCUUUGUUAAUCUAAUGUAUGGCACUUAGUAACAGAUUCGGUUUCUUUUUGGCAUGUUUCAAUGACGGAUCAUAUACGCCAGGUUAUCGUUUAACCCGAGACAAAAAACAUGGACAUACGACCCAACCACACCAUUUACAUCAACAACGUAAAUGACAAAAUUAAAAAAGAAGAGCUGAAGAGGUCGCUGUAUGCGCUGUUCUCUCAGUUCGGGCAGGUCAUUGAUAUCGUGGCCUUGAAGACGAUGAAGAUGAGAGGCCAGGCGUUUGUGGUCUUCAGAGAGCUGGGCUCUUCUACCAACGCUCUUCGUCAACUGCAGGGAUUUCCAUUUUACAAUAAGCCCAUGCGCAUACAGUACGCCAGAACGGACUCCGAGGUCAUCUCUAAAAUGCGUGGCACAUUUGGAGACAAAGAAAAGAAGAAAGACAAGAAGAAGAAGGCUCUGGAGUUGGCUUCAAAUCCUGCAAAGAAAGCAGCGCUGGGUACAAAUGCACAGCCAAAUGCUGCUCCAGUUCAGCAGACUCCUGACAAUCCACCCAACUACAUCUUGUUCCUCAACAAUCUUCCAGAGGAAACCAAUGAAAUGAUGUUGUCCAUGUUGUUUAAUCAGUUCCCUGGUUUUAAGGAGGUGCGGCUGGUUCCGGGCAGACAUGACAUCGCCUUCGUGGAGUUUGAGACCGAGGGACAGGCAGGCGUGGCCAGAGACGCACUCCAGGGCUUCCGCAUCACCUCCACCUGCGCCAUGAAGAUCACGUACGCCAAGAAAUAGCCCCGGGCGGGCGGACAGGGCGCUAAUGUGGACUGUAGCAGUGUUUGAGCUGCUCCUCAUGAAGGUGUAUUUUUUUUUUUUAUGCUUUGUGAGGCAAUUGAGGAUCAUCUGGGCUUUGAUUCUUUGGAACAAAAUCAGUUGGAAACGGUCAAGAUGGACAGCUGGGAAAAUGCUUUUUAUUUUAUUUUUUUCCUUUUUACAUUUUGAAAACAGAAUUAGCUGUCUCUUGUGUUUAGAGGAAUAAAAUGAUUUUUGUAAGAUGA